GGCCGGGAGCUCGGCAUCAACAACGGCUACUUGUCCCCCGAUCCCCUCCACCUCUAUUUGAAUCCCAAAUCCGCCUCCCCCUCCGCCGCCACCGCCCCUCAUUCUCUAGCAUCUUCGACCGCGCGAUUAGCCAUGUCGACCUCGUCUCCCACCUCCUCGCCGCCUUCCUCCGCCGACGGCGGCGGGGCCCGCUGCAUCUCGCCGACGUCCUCCCGUCGGAAGGUCUCCCCCGGACGCAGCGGCGGGAGCUCCCGCAAGAGUCCAGGUUCAAGAGAAUUUGGAAACUCAGUAUUGAAAUCUGUGAAUAAGUCGACAUCCCAGUUCAAGAAAUCUGUGAUUCGUAGAAGUGGUCCUUCGAUUGAUUGGUUCCCUAGGAAAAAAACUGAAUCAUACUUGAAAAGAAAGAUAAAGCGUCUUCAGGAGACUGAUGGUAUGACCGCAUCCCUUCAUGAUACUCUGGAAAAUUCCAAUCUUCAUUAUACUAGGAUGGCAAGGGAGAAAAUUGCAGCCAGUGAAGCAGCCAGAAAGGCGAUGGAAGCUCGCAAGACUGCUAUGGUUGAAGCUUCGUGGUGUAGAAUUCUUCAAACAGCCAGGAUCCAAAACAAAGAAGCUGAAGAACUUAUGGAAAAGGCCAAGUUGCAUGCGACUGAAGCAUUUGAAUACGCUAGAGUAAUAGGUAUCAUGAUGUAUGACAAGCCUGACUGUCCCAGUCAGCAGUAUGAGGUGGAAUCCUCGGCAAAAACUGGAGGAAGACCAACUCACAAGGUUACAGCGUCCUUUCAGACUGCUUUUGAGGUUGAUAUGGAGGUUGCUGCUGCAGUGAAGAAGGCAUUUGUCAAACUUGCAAACUCUCCUGAUUUGUCAAACCAAGAAGAGUUUAAGGAGCUAUUGCGGAAAAUUAGCCAAAAUCCAGAUGCGACUGAUAGUGAUGUGAAUUUUGAAGUCGAGCAGCAGCUUGGUGACUGUAACAAUGAAGAAACAAACAAUUUCAAAUCCAAUAACAAUACCUCCAGAAAAAGCAUCUUCCCGUCUGAUUUCAACACUGCUGAUCUAGAACAAUCCACUGAUCUUGUAAACAUUAUGCUUGAAAGGAUAAAAGCUCUGCGUGAAGACGAUCUUGCCUCUUUGGCGGUCAUUGUUGCCACAUCUGGCCUAAAUGCAGCACUUCAAAGGGAUAAGGGUAAAUAUCAUGAAAUGAAACCUGUGAGCUACACUGCUGCAGGGUCACACAGACCACAAUCAAGAAGAUAUUCCACUGCAGCCAGCUUUAUUGAUAUACAAGGACCAAAGAAAGAAGUCUUGUCUGAAUUACCAAGUCUGGACAAGUUCUUGGUCAAGCAUCAUUCAAAACUAGAAAGAGAAGUUCAAGAAGCAAAAGAAGCAUGCAGAAAAGUCACUCCAGUAAAACCUGUUGUACAAGAUGGCCAGGGCCAACUUGCAGGGGGCAACACAACGGCACUAGAAUCUGCUUCUGACCUGGGCAGCAUUCUUGUGAAGAAUAUGUCUAGGCUUGAGAAAGAGAUUUUGGAAGCCAAGAAGAGCAACCGAUGUGCCGAUUCUUCUGAAGGGAGCUGUAAGGAUGUUACGGACGAUGUGCAAGCCAGCACCGAAGAAUCUGAAUCUCUCAAGGGUCAGUCAGAAGUCUUGUCUGACAGCGAUGUGAAGAGAAACUGUGAUAUCAGGGGAUCGGGUGAAGAAAGCAAUUGCGUUCAAGCCUGCACCGAUUCAUCACAAGAUAAAGAAAACAGAAUUUUAGGUUCACAUAAGCUGCCACCCUUGGGUGCAAAGGGUAACCAUGGUGGUAAAAGAUUGACUCGAAUUGAAGCUGCAAAGCUUGAAGCACUUAGAAGUUUCUGCACUAAGGAUGGCAGUGAAGUAGAUGUUGGCCUCGAUAAGGUCUUUGUUAAGCCAACCAAUAGACUGGAGAUGGAAAAGAGAAAAGCAGUGGAGCAAGGACAAACCGACGUGCAGAAGCAGAAAGAUCCACAGAAGGUUUGUGAUAACACAGCAGCGAGUUUAGAUGAGAUACUAGUGAAGCGUGUAUCAAGAUUGGAAAAGGAGAAAAUGGAGUAUGAGAAGAGGAAUGCCUCGGGACAAGGACAGACCAUUGUGUCGCGUGAUCAGCGGAAGUAUGGCAACAUUGCCACAGCAUCCGAGAGCUUGGAUCAAGUCCUAGUAAAACGUGUCGGUCGACUAGAAAGAGAGAAGAUGGAAUUUGAGAAGAGGAAUGCAAUGGGAGGAGCAAGGACUGGUGUGCAGACUGAUGAGGAAAAGCAUGGUAACAACAAUGACAAAGCAUCUGAUAGUUUAGAUCAGAUCUUGGUGAAACAUGUCUCCAGGCCUGAAAAGGAGAAGAUGGAGCAAGAAAAGAAGGGUGAUAGUGACACACUAUUGCUAGAGAAGAGUGAUACACAAUGUGCAGAUGGAGCAGCCGGAGGCCUCGCCGACAUCUUUGUCAAGCGUCCAACGAAGCUUGAGCAAGCCAAGCAGGCUGCUGCUGCAUCUGCUGAAGGAAAUUCGACAAGAGUCUUGAACCCUGCCGAAGCGCGCAGGAGAGCAAGAGAGAAAGAGCUUCUGGAUGCAUGGGGAGGAGAGGGGCUUGGGAGCUCGGUGAAGCCCCAUCUGUCCAAGAUUGGGAGUGACAAGGCUGCGUGUAGGAAAUCAGAGGGAGAACUGAAGCAGGAGCGCAGAAGAGCGAGGGAGAAGGAGCUUCUGGAUGCAUGGGGAGGAGUGGGGCUCGGCAACUCGAUGAAGCCACAUCUCUCCAAGAUCGAGAAAGACAAGGCUGCAUGGAGAAAACUAGAGGAGGAACAGAAUCAGACAUGUGCUGGUACAACGGAGCUGUGACUUUGCUGGGUCGGCACAGCAAGUAUAUUUUACUCGCUUCCGGUUCUGUUCGCGUUUCAUGUAGAAACUUCCUGCAGAGCAUGGAUGUCAUCAGAAUCUCUCCUCCUGUAUGUAUAUCGUGGUCACAGACCAAACAUUGGAAACUUCCAUUCCGUAGGAAAGUCAAGACAAGCCAAGUGAUGUGCUCUUCUUAGCUUCUCUCUCUCUUUCUUAUCUCGUUGCGUGCUAGCUUGGUAUGUCUUGAACGGAACUCACAUGCUUAUCCUUGGAAGCAUAUGCGAGGAUGAGAACACCCCAGUGCUUCUUUUGACUUUGCCCAAUGCCGCAAAGUUGGAAAUUUUAUCAUCAGCACAUCAACAAGUUAAAUA